GCAAACUUCUAGGACUUUUCCCCCCAGCUCACCACACCUGCGCGCGUACUCAAUUCUCAUAGAAUCUUCGAGUUUUUUCACCAUGGAAAUCAACUACCACCAUGAAGUUUCGAAGAGCUCAAGUGAAGAAAGCGAUCGAUCAGAGCAAAAUGACGAGAUGGGCACUGGCCGAUCCUACGAGUGCGUGUUCUGCAAGAGAGGCUUCACUACUGCGCAAGCCUUGGGUGGACACAUGAAUAUCCAUAGGAAGGAUAGAGGCAAGACAAGGCCUACUUCAGCACCUUCAGUAUCAAGCAGAGCCGAUGAGAACUAUGUGAAUCUUAAAUCAUACCUACCAUUUCAAAGCUACCCAUCAUAUUACCCCAAAGCUCCUGAGAUGUCUGUAAAUUAUCAGAUACCUUUUCAAGCAUCGACAUGGGAUCUGAGACCCACACAUACAUAUCGCAGCGAUGAGUUGUCUGGACAAUAUCCACAACGUCUGAAUCUAUUUGAAGGAGAUUGGCAAAGAAGUCUAAACAUGCCGGUUCAUCCCACGCAUGUAGAUCAUACUGAGCAUGGGGAAAAGAGAGAACACGGCAGUACUGAAGAAGAUGAAUUGGACUUGGAACUUCGACUUGGUCAUUAUCCAUAGUAUUUUCUGAGUUUUAAAAGAGCUUUUAUCAUGGAGUAAUAACAUGUUUUUUCGUACAGCUCCCGCAUAUAUAUCUUUGCAUAUUUCAAACUAUCGUUUUUUCAUCCAUCCAAAAAAGAGGGAGAAAGUUAUAAAUGGUAUCUCCCCUGUGUUAGUAUGUGAUUCAAUUCGAGGCUUACCUUCUUGGGCAGUGGGCUCCCUUUUCAAGGCAUGCGAGAAAAAUUGUUUCCAGCUGGAUUUCAUAUGGAAGAGGAAGACGAAAAAUCAUACAAGUAAUAGCUGGAUACCCAAGGAAGGUAC